AUGGAUCGUGGCAAUUUCAUUUCGCGUGUUCGUGUCCGUGUCCGAGAUUACGGUUGGUGCCUUCUCGAACGAAGCUCCAUGAUCUUGGAACCUUUGGAACACCUCUUCCGACAAUAUGAAUCCGACCCGUUCCCCGCCCUUUCCGUUUUCCAAUUCUUUGGAAACGAAUGGAAAUCCUCUGAACAUGCAUUUGAGAUAUACUAUCAUAUGUUGAGCUUAUCGGUGGCCAUCACCCGGACGCUUGAUGAAGGGGAAUUCUCUCCUCGUCUUAUUACUCCCUUCAUCUCAGCAUCAGCCCAACAAAUUACCCAAUUGUCCAACAGCAAUGAGCCCACAUCACAUCGCGGAGGACAAGAACAAUCCCGUACGGUGAUUCCCACAAAAUCCAUCCGUCAUCAUGGCAACCGUCCGUUGCUGCAGUACUCGAUGUCUCUUCAGGCAAGUGAAGAGAGGCUGAGAAGCUACAAAUUGUUGCCACCCCAACAUUUGAAGCUGUUUCGAGGCUCCGAAAAGCUGCGCACUAGGCCGAUUUGGUUUUCAAGGUUUAAAGAAAAUGAUAAUUCAAAAUUACAGCGCUAUCCUCUGCUCUGUGACUUUGACGUAUACAAAUAUGGUCAAGAGAAACACCAUAACCUUGGUAAAGCAACUCACAGCCAAAGCAACAACAGACGGACGAUGGGGCAAUUCUGCUGCGCAAGGCAUGGUUUGAACCACGAGUACUUAGUUCGGAGGUGUGGAACAAAGGUCCUUGCGCAAACUAGAAAUUUCGAUGGUAGCUUGAAGUCAAGCAUGUUACCAGUCGGCAACCCUUCGCAAACAGGUGGGGAGUUUCGAGGCACGAUGUCUAAACUGUGGUUUUCAAAUUAA